AUAGCGCUAGUUUAAAAACUCCUGGUUUGAUUGUUCAUUCUUCAUUGGGUAAAGCGCAGAUUUAAACUAUCAACUAGCCUUAUUAAGAUAAAAAAAUCUUUCAAUAAGAAAUUUUACUAGAAAAUCUAUCAUGAGAAAUUCCUAGUUUGUUAUUUACUGUUGAGUUUUCAUCGAUAUGAGAAUAUUCAAAUUUCAUCUUUUGAGCUGGUGACCUACAGUUUCCUAGGUGAUCAAAUAAAUAACUUACAAAGUAGAUUUCUGUACGCUCCUUUACAUUUUUAAAAUAUUUUUAAGAUUAAAGUUAAUUUACAUUUUUAAAAACAAUGUUGAAUAAUCAGUGUGAUGUCAAAGUUGAAGGAGAAAGGAUAAUAAGAGUUUUGAAAGAUGCCAUAACUAAUAUGAAAAUCAUGUUUGCUCUUCAAUACCUGAACAAAGAAGAGUGGAAAGACCUGGAGAAGCACAUGGUUCAGAAUGACUUUGAGCAGUUGGUGUUCUUCUGCAGUAAAUAUCCAGAUAUAAAAAACGUUCCAAUCAUCUAUGAAUCUAUUCAAAAACUUGAUGACGGCGCCUUGAAAUUGAAUUCAAUGGAGCCCAAUGGAAGUGAUGGCAAUCAUGAUGAGGAGAUUCAAAAAGCAAUGAAAAUAAUUACAAAAAAUGAGAACACUGCUAAUUUUCUACUUAAGAUUUACAAGAACAACAAUCCAAAUGCAUUUCUAUCGGACAUGGACCAGUUCAGCAAAUUUAUGGAGGAGAAGAUUCAGCAGACACCGCAAAUGGAGAAAAGGCUGGAUGCUAGGAUGGCUCAUCUGCACCAGGAGAACGAAACACUGAAAGAGCAGGUGGCUGCACUCAGAGCCAAAGCCAACUUGCUCAGGCGGAAGCAGAAUGAAGUGCUCAUUGACAAAGAUGAAAUACUCAAGAACAGCCAGCUGAAAAUCAAUCUGAUCAGGAAAAAUACUCAGGAUUAUAUCACUGAAAAAAUAGAGGAGUCAGAGGCAAGAAUGAUGCGCGAUUGGUCGAUGAGUGAGAGAGCACAGGCAGACAUGGCCGAAGACUUAAAACAACAAACCAUCUACUUUGAAAACGCCCAGAAAGAUCAGAUGGCCAAGGAGAAAGAAUGUCGUGCUCAAAGAGCCAAAGCUGAGGCCCAACUUGUUGCGCUACUGCAAAAAUAUGAUAGCGAUAUUGGCAACAGACAUGAGGAGAAAGAACAGUUGACCGCUGCAUUGGCGAAAGAGAGAGAGCAAUUGGAGAUGCUUCAGGAACAAUUCGACGAACAAGAAGUAGAGUACCUGCAGUUGAUGAAUGAGAAGGAGAAAUAUGAAAGAGACGUGUGGAAUGAGAAGAUCUAUCAGAUUCAAUGUAAAAUGGCAGCACGACGAAUUCAACGCUUUUUCCGGCGAUACUUGGAGAAGAGCAAGUCCAGGAAGAAGGGAAAGCGAGGCAGAGGAAAAGGAAGAAAGAAUAAUUGAAGAAGUACAAUACUACAACUUUUUUCUUGGGAACUUGCACAUUAUACAUUCAAAAGUGAAACCUCAGCGAAGAAUUAAAAACUAAAAGAUUACCUAGCCUCAUCAAUACCUUAUAGCAAUAGCGAUGAUAAUCGCAAAAGUGAAUUUAUGCUUUACUCUUAUAAUUAUUAUAUUAAUAUAUUUUUAUUGACUCUCCAAAUAGACUGGUAUUGAUCAUCUCAUGAUUCCCUAUUUAGUUUUAGAUCCUUGUAUUUAGAAAAUUAUAGGAUAGUCCAAAUGAAAGUCGAAGUUAAAAAAUAUUUUAUUCAGAAUUUCAGAAAGGAAUGUGGACAGUUGCUAUAAGUAUAUAAACUCUCUACUCAAGUGAGAAGGUCAGAUGAAAUAAUAUGAAUUUCUGGUGCAACAAUAUAACUUGAGCAAUGAUUGUUAUAGGAUUUUUUCCAUAACUAUUUACAGACACUUUUUAUAAGCAACUUCGUUAUAGCAAUAAUAAAAUUUAGGUUUCAUCUUUGCCCUUCUAAGUAAUUCAUCUUAGCUACGGUACCACAGGAAUAUUGUAUAAUAUCAUGCAUAAUAGUUCAGGUCAACUUUACUUGUGUUGGGACUAUUAAUUUUUGUAGUUCUGAUAAUCAGCCUUUUCACAUCAUAUAGCACGAAUUGUGAAAAUAUAGAAUUAGGUACUGUGAAUUAUAUCAAGUAUUAGAACAAUAUGAUCAUGAAACUGCUUGAGAAGGGAUAUUUCAAAUUUGUGAUAGUGAAUUGCACGGCUACUAGAAUCCAAUUGAUUAUAUUGCUGGUGAAAUUCGUUGUAUAAAUAGAAGGAAACCUUUUCCUCGCAUCAUAAGCACUGAAUCUACAAUACUUCCAUGUUUUACUAAACAGAGCAGAGUAGCCUACCGUAUUCUCAAGAUGAGCUUAAAACUCUUGUUGAAGGUGAAUAUCAUGUUGGCUUUGGCAUCUGUACUUAUGGCGAAACUUCUUUUGGGAGCUUUAUUGGGGAAUUCAACCAAUAAAAAAGGGUCUCCUCCAACAAUAGUGUCAUUAGGGCCUUUACUAUUAGAGCCAAUACGCCCAAUAGGGCCUCUAGGGACAUCAGGGACAUCAGGGCCAUUUAGGCUUUUAAAUUGAUCCGGAUUUAUAAUUACUCCCAUCGUAAGUUGAGUACGGUACCUACCAAGUCCAGGAUUCUCAGCCCGAGGCAACUCUAUCCAGGAGGAUGCCAAGGCUAGUUUUAAAAGACAGUCCAAUUCUCAAAGUACUCAGCUGAAUUUUUAUUCUAAAUCCAUUUGGUUUCAACUUAAUACUUUAUAAUAGAGAAUGGCUUGGUAAUAAUGUUAAAGCAGUUGAAAUAAGUCAAUAAUACACUAAUAAAUAUUAUAUUCAUGGACAUGCA